AAACACAGCAGUCAGCACCGGGCCAUGCACGACGUCGUCUGCGAUUCUCAAAUAGUCUACUUUGGGCAAGAUUGACUUGUUGUCAUCGUUUGUUACGUUCGUCGAACGUUUGAUUUGUUGCUCGCGAAAUGGAGUACGAAGGCAGAAGACCCUGUCGAACGUGCACGGAUUUCAAAACAUGGAGAAAAAACAUGGAAACGACCCAAGACAACAAAAGCACAGGGACCAGCACGGAUAACAAAAGUAACAACAAAAGUACCAGUGCAGACGUUACGGCGUCGCCAGCACGGAAAGAUUGCCCCCUCGACCGGGACGAGCUGGGUUCAAACACUUGGUCAUUUUUGCACACCAUGGCCUCGCAUUAUCCGGACAAUCCGUCGACGGAGCAGCGCAAGGACAUGAAGACGUUUUUUCACCUGUUUUCGCAGUUCUAUCCGUGCAACGUGUGCGCCGAGGAUUUGCGCGAUCAGCUGAAGCGAUCGCCGCCCAAGACCGAUUCGCAAAGUACAUUGAGUCAGUGGCUCUGCGCGAUUCACAACGAGAUCAAUGUGAAACUGGGCAAGCCUCAGUUCGAUUGUAAAUUGGUCAACGAGAGAUGGAGAGACGGUUGGAAGGAUGGCUCCUGUGAUUGAGCUUUUCAAGCUCUAACCAUAAGUAUUUUUGAAUAAGUUUACUUGAUUGUUAAUAAUUGUUACAAAAAAGUACGCAACAGAUUAUUUGUAAAUAAAUGUACAUUAUUAUAUUAUUUGUAUU